AUGAGCCGGAAUCCAGUGUCAAAGGCCUGCGAUGCGUGUAGACGGCGAAAAGUCCGAUGCAGUUUGAGACAACCAUGCGCCGCUUGUCAAAGAGCCAGGCUUCAAUGCACUUUUCUCACUGCCCGUCUGAAAAAGGGACGCAAGGGUGACACAGCAAAGGUUCUUAACGAGCUGCACCAUUCACAGGCCGGAAGUUAUUCUCAUCAGCUUCCAACCAGUCCGUUUCCAUUCCAGGGCCUUGACUAUACCUCUCCCGCAUUCUCUCUGGAUGUACAGACUAGUCCCCAGAGUCUGGACAUUUUACCGUCUAAAUCACGGUUUUCUCGAAGUUCAGACCUUCUCCCAUCGCGGGUGGUUGAGCUUUGCGCAGAACUAUUUUUCUCCCAGUUAGGCUCGACCGUUCCAAUUAUCACGCCCGAAUCUAUCAGACAAGAGGCGGCUGCGGCACUGAAUGAGGACACCGGCGAAGAUUCAUAUUGUCUUAUCAGUGCAUUUUGUGCGUUUGUGAUUCUGCAAACAGGAGGUCCCGAUCCAAAUCUAAUGGCAAGAUCUGGCGUUGGCCAAACUUCGGCGGCAUAUGGUCAACAUUUAUUGAAGGAGGCCCUAUCAGCCCGAAGCUACCUCGAUCUUCUGGCCGCUCCCACUCGACAGACAGUCCUCCUCACAUUCUUCAUCUACGGCUGUCACUCAGCACUAGGAAAGCAUCGGCAAGCCUGGUAUUUCCUACGCGAAGCAACUACGUUGUACACCUCCGCCACUCUGGACCUCGGAGAUGAAAUUGUCGACGAGGUCUUCAGUCGAUUGUAUUGGCUUCUUUUGAUAUCCGAGAGGUCUCACGCUAUCCGCCGACGCCGGCCCAUCACUCUGCAAAUAACACCGCAGAGUCCUACCAUCGAUGAGGCAGUCCAGGGUCACACCUGUUUGUCAGGCUUCCGCUAUCUCGCCGAUCUGUUCCGGCCUUUCGACGACAACUUCAUUGCUCUUUGGAAUAGGGCGAGUACCAAUUGCGAUUCGAUAUCACUUGUUCAGCUGGAAGAAGACCUUCGAACCACAUUGCCGACAUCGCUGGACAUUGUGGAAACUCAGCUCGCGAACAUCCGCGUCUCACAACAAUGGCUCAGGGUGAUCGUAUGGCAGUUAUGUACGAUGAUGGGUUUUUUGUCCAGUGAGGCUGCCUAUGAGAGUCUGACGUUUCGCUACCCUUUGAAGAUUGCUCAAGAUCUGGCCAUUUCAACCUGGAAGCUUUCUCUCCAUAGCAUGCAAAUGCAUGGAAUUGGUCUCACCGAGAAAGUCUUCGACAUUGCCUGCACUCUCAUUGACGUGAUGUCCUGCAUGCCCUCUGCAGACGUUAAGUCUAAGGGCUUCGAGAUUGGACCGGAAGAUAACCUCAAACACUUCUGUCAUCUCAUCUCUCAAUUGCCCGGCGGACGACACAAAUAUCUACCUCUUCUGGUAACCAAGGUAGAUCAGACUCUUCCGAAUAUGCUGACUUCAAUCGCACGACACCUUCAUUUACCCGAAGAGAGGGAAGCUGAGGCUCGGACUUAG